AUCUUAUGCUGAAAUUGAGGCUUUGACAAUAGCCCGCUUCAUUGUAAGGAUUACCUCGGUGUUUUGCGUUAGAGCAGAUUGCACACGUAGAUUUAGCGAAGCAUGGGUCUGUAGACCAAAUAAUAUUUCCUCAAAUUACAAAGCCAUUCCCAAAACCAAAGAUGAAUUCAAACCUUUGAGAUGCUGUUUAUAUUCUUUCGUGCGUCUUCCAGUGGCAUUUGAGGUUGAGGCAAAAACAUCGAACUUCAGUGCGAGGGCGCAAUUGCCACCCAAAUUACCGUCUAUUUAUAAAAAUAAAAAGCUGUGCCAUCUUACAUAG